AUGAAGUGCACUGUGUUUUUCGUUUCCUUAUGCACUGUGGCACUUAACGCUCAACCGUUUGGUAUUGGUGGCAUAGGUCUUGGCGGAAUAGGUACCGGUUUGGGUCUCGGUGGGGUGGGGACGGGCCUAGGUCUUGGUGGCAUAGGAACCGGUCUGGGUCUCGGAGGCGGUGUGGGUAUGGGUCUAGGAGGUAUGGGCGGCGGGUAUGCCAACGGCGGUGGAUUUGGUGGCCAAGGAUUUGGAAGCGGAGCAAGCGGCGUCGGAAAUGCGGGUUACCAGAACUCUGGAGUCGGCGGUUUCCAUAAUAUUGGUGCUCAUAACCAUAGGGUUGUUUCUAUAAAUCAAGCUGAUAAUUCUGGCUUCCACAACAUCGGAGGCGGUUCCGCUGGCGGUUCAGCCGGAUUCGGCGGAAACGGUUUCAACGGAUAUCAAAACGGAGCCUCUCAAUUUGGCAACGGAUAUGGUUCAGGGUCGCAAGGAAUGAUUAUCUAA